AUGUUAAUUGCUGUUGUAGUGGCAUUCUUUGUGUGUUGGGCGCCUUUCCACGCUCAGCGCCUUGUGGCUAUUUAUGGGACGUCGGAGAAUCACCUUGCGAAGUCACCGAUACUCCUCUCAGUCUAUUACUUUCUGACGUACACGUCUGGUGUAUUUUACUACAUGUCUACAUGUAUUAAUCCGGUUUUUUACCACAUCAUGUCGUACAAGUUCAGAGAUGCUUUCAAGAAUACGAUGGCGCAAUGGUUUUGCCGCAAUUCCAACAGUGCAUUGAAGCCACGCUGCUCCUACACUACGAUGCCUAUUUCACGACAAAAGACACCCAGCGGAUUGCAUUCAGAACACGUAACGCAGAGAGAUAAAGACUGGAAGCUAACUUACAAGAGGUCUGAAAGAGAAAAAUCGACUUCACCUCGAGUGUGGAAAAUUUGUGAGAGGUGCAAAAGGACAAUGAAAGCACCUGACUUAACGUAUGACAAUAUUUGUUCUCACAAGUUACAAACUAAUUUAAACGUCGGAAAUUGCAUAAAUAAUCGA